CCUUCGCGCGCCCCACGCCUCGGCACUUCACUUCGCUCAGUCUUGUGUUGGAAAAAAGAGCCUGGAACCUCAUUAGCGAUGUCUUCUGCUGCAGACGAAGGGCCGUAGCGUAGGUAGUGAGGGCUGAGAUGGGGUGUGGCACAUCCAGAGGGGUCCCGGUGCUCGAGGAGGACGGCCCCGAGGCCCACAAGGACGCUCCCUCCAGCCAGCCCGAGGGGGACGACGUCGACCUCAGCAGCGUCCGCUCGACCACGCCCGACCAGAACUCAAAGCUCGUCGAUCCGCUCUCCAACGGGCUCUCGGACACGCCCGACCAUUCAGCGCCCACCUCAGCCGGAACUAGGGGCGUGGCCUUCGAAGUGACCAAUGACGGGGAGAAUGGCGAAUCCCUAAUCAAGAGACACCCGCCCAAGAAGUUCCAGAAGCUCGAGGAUUUGCAGCAAGGACCAGCUCUCACGCAGGAGAAGUUGGAGGAGAAGCAGGCCAUUGCUGAGCGCCGUAGACAGGAGAUCCUGACUCAGCGGGUCCAGAGUGCCAAGCAACGCAGCGCCAGGAGUGCAGGCCGCAUGCGCGCUCGCAAUACUGACGCCGACGAAGUGGAGACGCUGGAUGACGGGAUUAUUGAAAGCGCCGCUAACGUCAGCUCUGAGAACGAGCUGUGAAGGGAGCAGGAGACGAGGUCCCUUGGAGAGCUGCGAAGGUCAACGGGAUCCGACACCCACAAAUAAUUAUGGAAACCGUGUCGUUGCGAUGAUGUUAUCCAGUUUUGCGAGAUUAGCUUUCUAUUAGUUUAAUUAGCGAGUAAGAAAAAGAAAAAGAAAAAAAGCAACUUGAGCUGCAUAAAUAACGAAGGCUGCCAGCAGAAGAAACAAACAUAAGAAAACAAAAUUCGAUUAUUAAAUAGGCGAUUGUCUGCUUAGCGAGAGAGUUCUAAAAGGAAAAGAUAGGAAAAGAAAACAAGGACCUUCUCGACCGACAAUCAAGAUGGUGCUUACCAGCAGAUUUCAUAAACGCUUCUUUCACACUAGGUAUCAUAGCAGUCCGACGAUCCAUUGAUCCAUCGAGUCGGAUCUUUGCACGGCGACAUCCAUGAAACACACACAAGGGCCUUUUGGUAACUGUUCCAUUCAUCUCGAAGUAUCAAUUACCAACCAUUAUAUAUACGUGUUCAACUUGCUAUUGAUCAUAUAUAAAUGUUUCUCAAAUUACGUGUACACCUUCAGUUAAAAUGGCGUUCCCUUUUUACCCCCUUUCUGUUCUUCCUGCGUGAGAAGACUUCAGCUGGCAAUUGACUUCGACUUUUCGGUCUUGAAGGGCAUUCAAGUGGAUGAAAAGGAGGUAGCAUCCAUCACACAUUUGCCAUGGGUUUCUCGGGCAUGGCGAAGCGGCGAGAGAAAAUCAAGGAAAAGUAUAGAUACAGAUGAAUUGAAUAUUUCCUCCUUUGCACCUACGCUGCAAAUAUAGGCUCUUUUUGGGCGAUAAGUCUUCAAUUGUGGAUUUGUAAUGAUCCUUAACCAUCGGAGAAGCGCAAUGAGCCAAGAGAAAAUGCGGACGAAGGGGAGAGGAGACAGAAAACGGAGCGAGUAUACAGGUAACUUCUUCAAAUAUUAGCCUCGUUCUUCAAAGGGUAAACCUUCUUCCCAGUAAAACAUACACGCAUACUUGUACUAGAUCCAAUACAUAGAAAAGAGAAAGUACAUAACAAAAACAACCAUUACCGAGAACAAGAUCACAGUUCAUGAAAAAGAAAGAAAAGAAAAGAAAAAAUCUUCCGUCGAAUUGCCUGAAUCCUGAAGUUAAGCUAAGUAACACAGUGAAGGAUAUGUUUUACCGUUUCUAACUCCUUGUACCGCCAUGAAGAAAUAAAAUAGUUACAUUUU